AUGCCAUGGCCGUUCAGCUCCGACUCCGGCAAAGAUGACAAGGACAGGUCCGGCCGGAGAUCUGUUUCGUGGGCCGACAGUCUGAAUGGCACGGAUUGGCAGCAUUACAAGGACCCUCGGAACUGGCUGCCCACGGUUCUGGUCACGACUACGGCACUCGUCUCUCUACAGCUCUACCGUUCCUACCUCCGCCGCAUCCCAGGCGCCAUCCACGUGCAGCCGUCCUUCUUCAGAAAGAGAAGCCUGUUCGGCAAGGUGACGAGCGUCGGUGAUGGCGACAAUUUCCACUUGUUCCAUACGCCUGGUGGGCGCAUGCUCGGAUGGGGAUGGCUGCGGCGCGUCCCGGAAAAGAAGGCGGAACUGAGGGGCAAGACAAUACCUGUACGCCUCGCCGGCGUAGACGCGCCUGAGGGCGCCCAUUUCGGUCGACCAGCACAGCCCUUCUCGACAGAUGCGCUGGCAUGGCUUACCGACUACGUGCUGGGCAGACGAGUGCGGGCAAAGAUUUACAAGCGGGACCAGUACGACCGCAUCGUGGCCACGGUCUUCGUGCGGCGCUUUCUCAUCCGCCGGGAUGUCGGGCUGGAAAUGCUGAAGAGAGGCCUGGCCACCACGUACGAAGCCAAGAGUGGCGCCGAGUUUGGAGGGCUCGAGGAGAAAUACAAAGCCGCAGAGGCCAAGGCCAAGGCGAAGAAACGAGGCAUAUGGGGAGGCAAGCCGGAGCACUUCGAAAGCCCCCGCGAGUACAAGACCCGCGUCAAUGCAGAGGAGGCACCGAGCAAGACGGGUUCCUAA